AUGCCCUGGGAGCACCUUCCAUCUGGUCUGGCCGAGAAAGACAUGGCUCUUCAGGCCGCCUUCGGGACAUGGCCGAGCGAGAGCUCCCAUAGCAGAGGAGGUCUAAACGAGGGAUUCAGCUUUGGUGUCGAUGAUACGACUACAGACACUCAUCCACUGUGCGCCGCUUCAGUUUUCAAACUGAGCUCGAAAGCUUUGCCGGCGGAAGGGACGAUUAUCCCGCCCUUCUUUGUACCACCCGGUGAUAGUACUGCAGCACACCCCAACGAGGCCACACCAGCUGGAAGACGGCAGGCACAGCAAGCGCCCAGUCGCCGCGAAGAUGGAGCGUUAGACACAGGACUAUGCGCUCCAGAUACCCUCAGCGCGGUCAAAGUUACCAAUCCACCAGUGGAUGCAUCGAUGAACAGCGUAAGAGGUAAUUCAGAUGACCGUAUGAACAUCGACGACUCGUCACGCUCUCCAUCUCCCGAGCCUCUAAGCGAGAGCUCCGAACAGGAGAGGCAGUCACUCUGGUCCAAGGAUUCCAGAGCUGCCUUCCACGAGAUGGUAACAGCAGAAGGCUAUGUAGCGCGCUACCGUAUGCACAUGAAGAAGAAGCAGCGGAUGAUCCACCAGCUUGAGCACCCAGAUCUGGAGAUUACGCUCUGUGACGGUAGCAAGGACCACCAAACGAAGUAUCAAUCGGCAAACUGGACUUUAAUGAAUGGCCUGCUGUACCGCAAGCCAGAAUCAGGACGAGUAGGAAAGCUCAGACGGCAUCUUGAUGAGCUUGAAGCCUGGGAUGUCCUGACGAGAGAGCAUCUGCGGUCCGGUCACCUUGGUCGUGAUAAGCUGAGAAAGCGGUUGGAGCAGAGGUACAUUGGGUAUACUCUGCAGGAGAUCAUGUUUGUGUUGAAAGAGUGCAGGAGAUGCGGUGGGCAUGAGAAGAGAAGUCCUUUGGCGAAUGAAGCUUCGAACGAAUCCGUGGCUGCUUCUCCCAGUGCUCAGCCUGCUUUAAGCUACGGUAACGAUGUGCAGUCGCUCGACGCAACAUCUACUCCCUUGGAAGAACCCUUCAAACGUGGUCAACUCUCGAACUUCAUGUGGCCUUGA